AUGAACAAGGCAAUGGAGCUAGGUCGCGAGUGCCUAAAACUAUGGGGCUAUCGUCGCGUUGACGAGUUGAUUUGGGUCAAAACAAACCAGCUGCAGCGACUCAUCCGAACUGGUCGAACAGGCCAUUGGCUAAAUCACGGCAAGGAACACUGUCUCAUAGGAGUUAAAGGGGUGCCAAAAGGUGUAAAUCGCGGCCUAGACUGCGACGUGAUCGUCUCGGAAGUCCGUGAGACCAGUCACAAACCAGAUGAAAUCUACGGAAUAAUAGAGCGUCUUUCUCCAGGAACCCGGAAGCUGGAGUUGUUCGGCCGGCCGCAUAACGUCCAACCAAACUGGUAG